AUGGUGGCUCGGAGCAAGGGCUGCGUGCGCUGUGUACAGCGUCGAGUCAAGUGUGAUGAGAGAGUCCCUGGAUGUCGGAGAUGCGAGACUUAUGGGACCCCCUGUCCUGGCUAUAACCGGGGCUUCAAGAUUGUCGCAGGGAAGCCGUUUCGCUCUCGUCGUGUGAAGUCGACUAAUAAGAACUUGAGCGAGAAGAGCUGCCGGGAUGCUGGAGGUACCGCCGAUGAUGCGUUGGCGGUCCAGGCAUUGACAGUGAAUUGCGCCAAUCUGAAUGUCAUGCAAAGCCUUGACACGCUGGUGCUCGAGCUCUCCAGACCGUUUCCAGCAACGUCGGCGCAUGUCAUCUCGCGCUGGUUCAGGUUUCUUCCCGCCGUCUACGGGCGGAAUAGAACGCUGGACCUGACGAUCCAAUCGUUUGCCGCCCAUCAUAUUGGCAGGAUGGGCGAGAAUCUGGCGGCGGUGCAGUAUGCCAAGUCUGCGUAUGGACAGGCAUUGUACAGGCUGCGUGUGUCUCUGGGAAAACCCCGGGAGUGUCUUUCCUCUGAAGUGUUUUGCGCAGUCCUGUUACUCUGCCUGUAUGAGCUCUUUACCAAUACCCACGAAGGGGAUGCCUGGAUGAAACAUGCCCAAGCAUUGAGCCAGCUGGUGCAGAUUCGAGGACCUCCCUGCUACCGGAAUGCCUUUGAUCAAGCUUUGCUCAAAGCAUCUCGCGGCAUGAUGGUCAUGCACUCUCUCUUUUCCGGUCAAAGCUGCUUCUUAGCCUCGAGAGAAUGGCACUCGGUGAUGGAGCAGCAGUUCACAGGCUUUUCGGCAGAAGUUGACGGUUUGGUGGAGCAGUUCUUUGCCUACUUCACCUAUGCGCCAAGUCUGAUACAUGAACUCUACGAUCUCAAAGAGGCAGACCAUACCAGCCAGAGCACGACCGCACGAGUUUCCAAUCUGCUCGCGCAAACAUUCGCCAUGCAAGGCAAGCUGCUUGCAUGGUAUGAUCGAUUUUCUCAGGCGGCGCCCGUUCCGUAUGAGGUUCUUUCGCCGUCCGGUGACAAUCUCUACCCAGUCGUCCUGUGGUAUUCGGACGAGAAUGUGGCGACAUUUUUCUGCAGCUACUACUCCUAUAUGCUCAUCUUGUAUGAGAUCCUGAGGGUCUGUGGGUCCCCUGGUGAGCACGCGGCUACGAUGGUCUUCUUCCGCGACCAGAUCUGCAAAUCAGUUGAAUUCAACGCCCAGGGCCUCCUAGGUCCGUAUCGAAUGGCCUUUGCAUUGAGAAUAGCCUAUGAAGUUCCAGAUCCUACAACGAAACUUUGGAUUGAAGGUUGUUUGCAUAGGCUUUCAAAAGCUUAUGCUGCAGUACACCCGCACAACUUUGGGUGA